UGGAAGGCGGAAGUGCCUGUCAGUGUUUUGAAAUCGACCGCCAGGAUUUCGCUCGCUUCUUCAUGUGUUGGGGUCGGUUGCGGUCUGUGCAGUUCCCGUCCUCUGACGCCCAUCUCUAGGCUCUGCGGGUGGAAAGCGGCUACGGAAGUAUGUCCACCCCUCCGUUGGCGGCGUCGGGGAUGCCCCCGGGGCCCUUCGCGGGACCCCAAGCUCAGCAGGCUGCUCGGGAGGUCAACACCGCGUCGCUCUGCCGGAUAGGGCAGGAGACGGUCCAGGACAUCGUGUACCGCACGAUGGAGAUCUUCCAGCUCCUGAGGAACAUGCAGCUGCCAAACGGUGUCACUUACCACACUGGGACAUACCAAGACCGCUUAGCAAAGCUGCAGGAUCAUCUUCGCCAACUUUCUAUUCUUUUCAGGAAGUUAAGACUGGUCUAUGACAAAUGUAAUGAAAACUGUGGAGGAAUGGACCCCAUUCCAGUAGAGCAACUCAUUCCAUAUGUGGAAGAAGAUGGCUCUAAGAAUGAUGACCGAACUGGUCCACCUCGCUUUGCAAGUGAUGAGAGACGAGAAAUUGCUGAAGUAAAUAAGAAACUCAAACAGAAGAAUCAGCAGCUGAAGCAAAUUAUGGAUCAAUUACGAAAUCUCAUCUGGGAUAUAAAUGCCAUGUUGGCAAUGAGGAACUAAGCUGGUAUUGAAAUGUCCUGCUUUACACAGGUUUUACCAUUUUCCCCUCAAUUAUUUUUCUGCUUGAAGAUUAUUUUAUCUGCUUUUAUUCUUGUCACUAGAAUUAAGUUUCCUAUUUUUACUUUGUGGUUUGCAGUAUUUAUGUGUAGUUUAUUGUAAUAUCUAAUAAAUAGGGUUUGUAUUUUGGUUUUCUUUACAAACUGAAUAAUUGUUCUUUAAAGGAAAAAUUGUUAAAUUUUAUAAAUAAAUUUUAUCAUUUCAUUAAA